AUGCCCUUUGUUCGAAACAUUCACAACCGACGAACAACACGUCAAAGACACAUCAACCCUCAUAGAAUCCUCGCCACCAGCCUCCUCCUUCCAGCGCUCGCUCUAGCCGAUGACGAACCUACGUCCUCAACAGACCAAGUCUCCGAACCUUUCGUCGACCAAGUAACGGGUCUCACAAUGGAGCGCUUCUUUGGUGUCCGAACCUCCUUCACAUUUGCCCUCGCCUUGCCCGACACCGCACCUGCAAACGGAACAGCCGGGUCCUUCAUCGGACAACUACAAUUUCCGUUAGCCAACGGUGAAGGAUGGGGAGCGGCUGGUUUAACGGGAGAUAUGGAAGGAAACUUCAUCCUCGCUGCAUGGCCUGACGGAAAAGGAGGAGUCAUGGCGUCGUUUCGACAAGCGAUCGAGGAGGACAACCCAGCGGAAGUCAAAGGAAACUUUAAAGUAAGGCCGAUACCAGAUGGAGUCUCAGUCAACGAGACGUCGUUGCUGUACACAUUCCUUUGUGAGAGCUGUCUCGACAGUACACUCGGCCUCGGUCCCGAAGCUGCUGUUGGUAAUGCGGUUAUGGGCUGGGCGCUGUCUGAGAGGCCUCCGAGGGGAGACCCCUCAAACCCUGGUGCGUUCCUUGGCUUCCAUGAGAGGGGCUUCGGGCCUUUCACUGCGCGUCUGGCGCAAGCCAAAACAGCCGGCUUUGAUGCCGUUGCAGCUAAGGCACUCGCUCCAGUAGGCGACUCUGGAAGCGCUGUGGCGACAGUACCCAACGCGUUUCUGGACGGAGGCAGUGAUGAUGAGGAUAGCGGUGAUGAGGGAGCUGGAACAGGAAUCGGAGUCGGAGGUGGCAAUGAUGUUGAUAGUGACUCUGGCGAUGAGUCGGGGGAUGAAGACGAUGACUAG